AUGUCGUCAGAAAUUUCCGAUGAAGAGGAUAAAACUGAAGUUAUAUUCGAGACAAAUAUGGAGCAGAGCUCCGAAGAAGAUCCACCCAUGGAGCAGUGGUCUUCACUUAUUUUAAAAGCUCCUGAAGAGAAUAAAAAGAAAAUACUUUACGAAAAAGGUUUAUACGACCCGGGAAGUGGAGAAGUUUGCGCUAAGUACAUUUCAAUGUCUCAAAGCUCUGUUCUGAGGCAUCCAUACUAUAACUAUCCUGCUGUCUUAGACCCAGGUAUUACAGCGGCCCUUUUAUUACCAGAAGCACCACUGAUAUAUCCUGACGAUGGACAAGAAUUAUACCUUGCUCUUUGCGACGAAAUGGAUCAAUGUCCCGUCAAAUCGUUUCAUCGCGGACUUCUUACAAACAGCAUAGACUUAAGAUACUAUUGCGUGAAUCCAUUUGGCGUACGUCCUAUGGCAUUGGCCCUGCAAUACAACAAACAUGUAACCUCCAUAAACUUUACGGAUAAUUUUCUUAAUGAAGAUGCUUGCUAUCAUCUUGGUGAAAUGUUAAUUUGUAAUUCUACUCUACACGAGUUAAAUUUGUCUGGGUGUCGGAUCGGACCUAUGGGCGCAAAACAGCUGUGUGUUGGGUUGAUUUUAAAUAAAAACUUACGUAUUUUAAAUUUGAAUCAAAAUGAAAUCGGUGAUGCAGGCCUCGAACAUUUCGCGAAUGUUGUCAUGCGUGGUAUUGGAUUAUUGCAAAUUUCGCUAAGCAAAAAUAAUAUAUCUGGCAAAUCUUUGUUGACUCUAGCGGAAUCACUGGAAACUCACAAUAAAUUUACUCAUAUAGAUCUAUCAAAAAAUAAUCUAUAUUCCCCACCAAAUGGUAUCGUUAAUUUUCUAGGACAACUAAGCGAGAAUAAAUUACUUCAAGAAUUGAAUUUAUCAUGGAAUGCCCUUUCUGGUGUUCGGAUUGCUGGAGCUAUUAAAUCUGUAAUGAGGGCACCAAAUUUAAAGAUUUUAGACUUAAGCAAUAACCGAUUUACUGGUGAAGCUUCAGAAAAUCUUAUUGGAAAUCUUGCACGAGCGAAAAAGUUAAUAACAUAUAAUCUUUCUUAUAAUCCAUUGACGCCGGAAGAUGCACUUCUUAUUUUAAACAAAUUGAAAUCAAAUGCAGUUAAAGUCCAAAAUGUCAAGUUGGACAACAUCUUUGUCAAUGGUGCUUUUCUUGUGCUUUUGGAUCAAAUCAAAGCUAUGAAAUCGAAAAAAAAUCUAGUGGUUGCUUAUGGAGGUGUUGUUUCAGCGUUUAAACUGAAAGGUCCUGAUAUGAGAGAUCUAGUUCUUAACCGAGCUGAGUAUUUAACGAAAAAACCAAAGAAACGAACUGAUAUCGCCCUAAUAAUUUUGCAAAUACAUAAAGAUGUUGGAUAUAAAGAAAUAAUUCAAGCCAAGGCUUUUCAAGAAGCCAUUGAAGGAACUGAUGCCCCAAUUGAUAGUGAUCUUAUUGAUGAAAUUGUGAAUGCUUUUCCCGGACCAAAGGGCAAAACAAAAUUAAUUAAUCUAGGUCAACUAAUUGACUUUAUAAACAGGAAGUGGCCUGAAAGAAAAUUACCGCCCACUCCACCUCCGGAACCUGAACCAGAACCCGAACCAGAGCCACUUCCUCAAGAACCAGAACCUACUAAGUCGAAAUCGAAGAAAAAGAAUUAA